CCAAGCACAACUUGUUUUUCCCUCACCAUUCCACCCACCGCGUGCUUGUGAAGCUGGACAAAAACACCUCAACGCUGGAAGAGUCGGCAUCAAGCGAGAGAAGGGAACGAGUUACAUUGACGACAACUUGCCAUCUGCCUCAAAGGGGUCAAGUGGCUGGUGAAUAAUCAGGGAAAAACUUUCAAAAAACUCCGCAGACGGGGGAGAUGUUCAGUUUGGAGCAAGAUGUUAAACAGGAAGAGGGGGAUCCACAGCAGCAUCCUAUUCAACAGGAACACCAAGAACUGACAUUUCUUAACACUAAAGUGGAAGCUGGAGAUCUGAAACAUCCCUAUGUUAAAGAGGAGGAUGACAAUCCACAACCCCUCAACAUAAAGGAGGAAGAUGAUCCACAACCCCUGUACAUUAUGGAUGAAGAGUCAGAGGCUAAAAUCUGCAAGUCAUCACUGCCUGGUGUUUUUGUGAAAAGUGAGAACAAUCUGAACAAACCAGCCGAGUGGUCACAGCUUCAUCGUGACAGUUCAAGUGGAGACAACCGCGGAGGACCACCAGACAACCUUUUAGGAGUGAUCUCGGAUAGCUACAAAAUAGAAGGACCUUGGAGAAGCAACGCAGACUGUGGUGGUGAUGAAAAACGAUCCAAGAUGACAAAGAACUUGUUGGAAAUUGUGACUUUCCUCAGAGGUCGGGGUGUAUCAGAGGAAACAAUCAAUUGGAUUGAACAGCAAAAAAUUGACAGUGAGGUCAUCCUACUAAUGGAAGAUGCUCAACUGGCAAAGUAUCUUCCGUCAUAUGGAGACAGGAUUGCUCUGUUCAACUUCUGCAAGCACCAACCACAGUCAUCAAAGCGAAAGGGACUAUUUGAAAAGCUAAGGGAGAAGAUCAAACAUAGAAAGGAAAACCACACUGGGACUGAGGAAUCAAACACCUCCAAUAAAACAAAAAGACCUAAACCGAAAACCAGAAAGAUCGAGAUAGGGUGGAUUCACACUGAAGGCCAACUGACAAAACAAAUCAGAGCAAAACAAGGUGGAGGGACGAGAAAGAUCUCAGUUCGAAGUGAGGGAGGUUAUGAUGAGAUACUCAAACAAGGAAAGUCAAUUUUCUUUCCAGAUGGAGAAUCAACAAAAGGUCCUGAACGCGAUUUUGUAUUCGACAUUUGGGAUUUCAAACAAAAUCCUUUUCCGAAGGAUUUCUCCAUUGAACAGGUAUAUGAACUUCUUAAACUCCCAAUUCUACGCUUUUACAUAACAACACAUCCCAAAUCUGCGCUAACAGAAGAUUCAGAUAGAGACCCUGGCUUUGCUGAGGUGCCAGAUAAUGAACUGUCAAUAGACAUAAAUGACAAAGAAUAUUUGACAGAAAUGUCUCACGACUCCCUUCCAGAGGUGUUAGUUGUUUGUAACGAAGCCCUCGCAGAAUCUUCAGCAACCACAGAAAACUCUGGAGGGUCAAGCCAGGAAAAUACAACCCUUGUCAUUGGUGAUCCUCUGGCUUUCUCUACGAAUACCAACUAUGAUGUUCGAGAAAAUGGCCCUGAGAUUACAUCUGCUGCAGCACACACAGUGAAUCAUGACAGGCUGAUCCAUCAGCCUGAUGAGCUACCUCAAAGCCCUCUUGAUAUUCCUGAAAUGUGCUUGUUUUUGCACUAUACCAACAGCUUCAGUGAAAUGAUUAGGGCCUUUUCAGACCCUGAAAUUUUGAACAAAAAAAUAAAAAUCAGACGUCUACUACCUCAUAAUUCUGUUGAAAUGGGUAGUGGUUCUGGUGUAGUCAGAGAUGUAUACUCUAGCUUCUGGGCAGAGUUUUAUGAACGUUGUACCCUUGGAACAACUUGGAAAGUGCCCUUUGUCAGGCAUGAUUUCAGCGCUGCUACAUGGAAAUCGAUCGGGAGAAUUCUUCUGAAAGGAUUUCAGGACUGCCAAUACUUGCCUAUAAAACUUGCCCCUCCGUUCCUUGAGGAAAUUUUUUAUGGAGCUGUGUACAGUGACCUGAAAACAAGCUUUCUUAAAUUUGUGGGCUCACAAGAUCAAGAUGUCCUCAGGCGUGCAAUGCAUGAAUUUAGUUCUGUUGAUGAAAAUGACCUUCUAGAAGCGCUUGACAAUUAUGAAUGUAGAAAGAAGGUCACUGCUUCUUCUUUUUCAGAAAUCUUGAAAGAAAUAUCCCACAAGGAACUGGUACAGAAACCAAUGUUUGUCAUUGACUGUUGGAGGGAGAUCGUACAGCCACAUAUUCAUUUCAACUCUGGGGAGCUGAACAAAAGGUACAGUGACCUCAAACCAACCCCAAAGAAAGUAGCAGAGAUAUUAAAGUUUCCUACAGAGAUGACACAAAAGCAGUCAAAGGUGGCACAACAUCUGAAAAGAUAUGUAAGGGAACUUAAUGAGGAAAAGCUUGGGAGAUUUUUGAGGUUCUGCACAGGUUCUGAUUUGUUGGUAACUGCUGGUAUUCAAAUUGAGUUCAUUGUUCUAACUACUUUCACCAGAAGGCCAAUAGGACGAACAUGUACUAUGAUCUUGCAACUGCCUGACACCUAUGAUCAUUUCCCUGACUUUCGCAGCGAGUUCAAUUCCAUCCUCGAGAGCAACAUCUGGGUAAUGGAUAUUGCAUAGACGAUAUUUUGACGUCAAGUGUUGCCUUUCAGUUCUAAAUAGUGCAACUGUACUUUUCAAAACCAAUCACUGAAAGGAAUUCUGUAUUCACAUAUUCAGCAACACAGUUGUUCAAUAGAAAUGUUUUCAGUUUUACUACGUUAAAUGUACAGUUGUCUGUUACAGUACCAUAUUUACAGAAGUUUUACUGUUACAUGUGUACAGUAUAUGGCGGAAAAGACAGACAAGACUGAAAAAGCAGUUUCUGCUCUUGCACUCCUCUUUAAAAGAAACUGCUGUAUUUUAAGGCAAAAAAUGUUGUUUGAUAGAACAAUGUAUGUGCUGCCAUAGCAGAUUCAUGGCGCAUUAAGCCCCCGAACUAUUUUUAAUUUGUCCAUUUUACCCUGAAAACCCCCGUUUACAGACCUCGCACAACCGCUUUUGUUUCAACCCAGCCAUAAAACGAAGGUAAUCAAUUAUAUUUAUUAUUCAAAAUGUCUGUCGUUUUUAGCUUAGAAUCAUUCAUUAAGAAAUUAUUCACUCACAUAUUUUAAACUUUUAAACAUAUUAUGUCCCAAUGAAAAAAAUGGCGUCUGUAAAAAAGUCACGGAUAUCUACCUCAUAACUAUCGCUUAAUUGUAUUUUUCUUUUUUUUUUUUGUUACUGUCGCAUUUUCUCUGAUACGUUAGAUGAUAAAUAAUUGA